GACUCCGAUCUAUCUCACGCGUUCUUCUCGUUCGUUGGUUCCGCGCUUCAUUUUGUUUUUCCGGGUGCGCUCCAUCUUCCAGCGCCGACCAAAAGCAGAGGCAGCAACCGCAUCUACCAUCUCGCCGGGAAGUGCUCCAGUAACCGAAGAUUUUCGUAUACUGCGUCGAUUCUUACAUCCCUUAUCUGAGAAGCUGUCAGAAUGACUGACUCCAAGUAUUUUACCACCAACAAAAAAGGUGAAAUCUUUGAGCUGAAGGCCGAGCUGAACAAUGAGAAGAAGGAGAAGAGGAAAGAGGCAGUGAAGAAAGUCAUUGCAGCCAUGACAGUGGGCAAGGAUGUCAGUUCCUUGUUUCCAGAUGUGGUAAACUGCAUGCAGACCGAUAACCUGGAGCUGAAGAAACUGGUUUACCUGUACCUUAUGAACUAUGCCAAGAGUCAACCUGACAUGGCCAUCAUGGCCGUUAACAGCUUUGUCAAGGAUUGUGAGGAUCCAAACCCUCUGAUCCGAGCUCUGGCUGUGCGUACAAUGGGCUGUAUUCGUGUGGACAAGAUCACUGAGUACUUGUGCGAGCCUCUGCGAAAGUGUCUGAAGGAUGAAGACCCCUAUGUGCGGAAGACCGCUGCAGUGUGCGUGGCCAAACUGCAUGACAUCAAUGCCCAGAUGGUGGAGGACCAGGGCUUCCUGGAUUCUCUCAGGGACCUGAUCGCUGAUUCCAACCCCAUGGUUGUGGCUAAUGCAGUUGCUGCCCUGUCUGAGAUCAGCGAGUCUCACCCCAACAGCAACCUUCUGGACCUGAAUCCUCAGAACAUCAAUAAGCUCCUGACGGCCCUCAAUGAAUGCACUGAGUGGGGUCAGAUCUUCAUCCUGGACUGUCUAUCCAACUACAACCCCAAAGACGAGCGUGAGGCCCAGAGUAUCUGUGAGCGUGUGACCCCACGUCUCUCUCAUGCUAACUCGGCUGUGGUGCUGUCAGCGGUGAAGGUACUGAUGAAGUUUUUGGAGCUCCUGCCCAAAGACUCUGAUUACUACAACACUCUUCUGAAGAAGCUCUCUCCUCCCCUCGUCACGCUGUUGUCUGGGGAACCCGAGGUCCAAUAUGUGGCCUUGAGGAACAUCAACCUUAUUGUGCAGAAACGGCCUGAGAUUUUGAAGCAAGAGAUCAAAGUGUUCUUUGUCAAGUACAAUGACCCCAUCUAUGUCAAACUGGAGAAACUGGAUAUCAUGAUCCGCCUGGCCUCUCAUGCCAACAUCGCCCAGGUAUUGGCUGAACUGAAAGAGUAUGCCACUGAAGUGGAUGUAGACUUUGUUCGGAAAGCCGUUCGAGCCAUCGGCCGUUGUGCUAUCAAAGUGGAGCAAUCUGCUGAGCGCUGUGUAAGCACUCUGCUGGACCUCAUCCAGACUAAGGUCAAUUACGUCGUGCAAGAGGCCAUUGUGGUCAUCAGGGACAUCUUCCGCAAAUACCCCAACAAGUAUGAGAGCAUAAUUGCCACUCUGUGUGAAAACCUGGACUCUUUGGAUGAGCCAGACGCUCGAGCUGCCAUGAUUUGGAUUGUGGGUGAAUAUGCUGAGCGUAUCGACAACGCUGAUGAGCUCCUGGAGAGUUUCCUUGAGGGCUUUCAUGAUGAAAGCACUCAGGUGCAGUUGACUCUGCUGACAGCCAUAGUGAAGCUGUUCCUCAAGAAGCCCUCAGAAACUCAGGAGCUGGUUCAGCAAGUGCUCAGUCUGGCCACUCAGGACUCUGAUAACCCUGACCUGCGUGAUCGUGGCUACAUCUACUGGCGUCUGCUGUCCACUGACCCUGUGACUGCUAAAGAGGUUGUGCUGUCUGAGAAGCCUUUGAUUUCAGAGGAAACAGACCUGAUCGAGCCCACCCUGUUGGACGAGCUCAUCUGCCACAUCGGCUCGCUGGCCUCUGUCUACCACAAACCCCCCAAUGCCUUUGUGGAAGGAAGCCACGGCAUUCACCGCAAACAUCUGCCCAUCCAGCACGGCAGUAUCGACACCGGGGAGAGUCCUGUCAGUGCCGGCCCGGCUGCAUCUAUCGAUCAACCCCAAGUCAUUCCAUCUCAGGGUGACCUUCUGGGAGACCUGCUUAAUCUGGAUCUCGGUCCCCCCGUCAACGUGCCCCAGGGGUCUUCCAUGCAGAUAGGUGCUGUGGAUCUCCUCGGAGGUGGUCUUGACAGUUUGCUCGGGGGAGACCUGGGAGGAGGUGUUGGGGGCAGUCCUGCAGUGGGCCAAAACUUCAUCCCGUCAUCGGUACCCAACACCUUUGCGCCGUCUCCUACACCUGCUGCUCUCAGCAGCGGCCUCAAUGACCUGUUUGAGUUGUCCUCAGGAAUGUCCAUUGCUACAGGAGGAUAUGUGGCAUCUAAAACUGUAUGGCUGCCAGCAGUCAAAGCAAAAGGACUGGAGAUAUCUGGAACCUUCUCUCGGCGUCAAGGUCACAUGUACAUGGACAUGUCUUUCAUUAAUAAAGCCCUUCAGCACAUGACUGACUUUGCCAUCCAGUUCAACAAGAACAGUUUUGGAGUGAUCCCCACCACACCUCUCGCCAUGCACACUCCACUGAUGCCCAGCCAGAGCAUCGACAUCUCCCUCCCUCUCAACACCAUCGGCCCCGUGAUGAAAAUGGACCCACUCAACAACCUACAGGUGGCUGUGAAAAACAAUAUUGAUGUCUUCUACUUCAGCACGCUGAUCCCUCUCAGCGUCUUCUUCGUGGAGGAUGGCAAAAUGGAGCGUCAGGUGUUCUUGGCCACAUGGAAGGACAUCCCAAAUGAGAAUGAGCUGCAAUACCAGAUCAAAGACUGCCACUUAAAUGCAGAUACGGUGUCAGGCAAACUGCAGAACAACAACAUCUACACCAUCGCCAAGAGGAACGUAGAAGGCCAGGACAUGCUGUAUCAGUCGCUCAAACUUACCAAUGGGAUCUGGAUCCUCGCCGAACUCCGCAUACAACCUGGCAAUCCCAAUUACACGCUCUCUCUGAAAUGCAGGGCUCCAGAGGUGUCUCAGUAUGUGUACCAGAUGUACGAUGCCAUUCUGAAGAAUUAAACAUCUCUAUCAUCCUUUUCUCCCUCUACGUAUUUGUCCGCAGGAUCCAGCUCUCCAUGUUUUCUGCCAUUGUUUUAAAUCCAUCUAUAGGUUCCAGUUUACUCCAUGUGCCCACUAUGUAAAAAUCAUGUUCUGUUCUAGCCAAAUGUCUUGAUGUUGUUGAUAGUGUUGAAGGGAAUUUUGGAACACCGCUCCAUUGUGAUUAUAUAUUUUUUAAUGCUUUGUCAGUACUUCACCUUCACAUGCCCUGGAUUGGUCAUAUGCAAAGAAGGAAAAAAGCGUACAGUUGAAUCUAUAAAUAGCAUCAAGGGAAUGUAACGAAGCAGAUGUCUGGCAUACAGAAAUGUGAUGUGGAUGUACUUUUAAAAGUUAUCCUGUUUUAAUGGUAGUUACCGUUUUUGAUUGACAUCAUGCAUUUUGGCAUUAUUGCUUUUGUUUCAUUCUCUGAUAUGCUGCCGUGUUGCUUUAUGCAAUUGUACAAUGUGCCAGCUAUCUGAUAUUAGCCUUGCAUGCUUUGACCAACAGAAAAAUGCCACAUUCCUUUUAAUGUUUUGUACACCUUGUUCAUCUUAACCACUGUAUGAACAUGCCGACACUCCAUCAAUGUCUUAUAUUGUUUGAACUGCUAUGAAUCAACUUAAUGUGAUAGAAAAGACUGAAACAUGUUUUCUAUCGAUCUUAUAUAAGUGGGCCAUCUGAUAUUCAUUCCCAGACUGAAUCCAUCCAUAUGUGAUAUAUUGUGCUUGUGAAAGUGAGUAGGUUUUGUGAGGUAGUUUUUGGUCUCCUUGGAGUGUUAGAAAUAUCUGUUCAACAUUAGUAUACAACCUUGCUCAGCUUUGGUUCAAACUAAUACACUAACAAAUAGAGAUGCAAUAAAAAAAUUCAUCAACAUAGACUCAGCGAUACAAGGAUGGAUCACUUUUGGACUGUUGAGUAGAGUUUGUUUUAUUACCUAAAACUGUACUAGUCUUCAUGGUGGUGCUGGUGACUAAAUGUGAACUUUUUUUGUUGCCAUAGUUGCUAAUGUGCCUGUGAACCUGCAUGUACGCAGCAUCCAGUAAAUAUCUGCCAGUAGAACACUUGUGUAAGAAGGUGAAAUAUUAAGACAGUAACCCUUAUAUGUGCAAAUAUGAGUUUUAAUGAUUACCAUGUUGCCAAUGUGAUCACAGUGCAUCUCAAUACUGAAAUGUAGACAUAAAGAAAUUGAACAAAAUGACCAGAUUGUUUCAGAUUUAUUUUAUGGAUGGUAAUUCAAAAUAAAGUCAGCUGUGUGUAUUCACCCUCAUUAUCUUUGUCCUUAU